GCAAAAAAUUGUCUGACUCGUCCGACUGUAAAACCGUAUUGUUGGUGCUGUGAAGUGAUUCCCUUGGGGAAGGGCAUUUUACGGGAUUUCGAUUGAAACUUUAUCAUUACCGGCGCCAGUUAGCUGUGUCCGAGUGGAGAUAACCCGUUUGCCACACUCUAGCCAGCCACAAUCCAUUCCCGUUCCCGCAUAUACGGUCAUUGUUGACACCGUUCGUGACUGCACAAAAACACAGAAAGUUUCAAGAAAACAUGGGUGGACUGUUCAGUUACUUUCGUGGCCUACUAGGUAGUCGGGAGAUGCGAAUACUUAUCCUCGGUCUAGAUGGCGCCGGUAAGACGACAAUACUGUAUCGAUUGCAGGUGGGAGAGGUGGUUACCACGAUACCAACGAUAGGCUUCAACGUGGAACAGGUGACAUACAAAAAUCUUAAAUUCCAAGUGUGGGACUUGGGUGGCCAGACCAGCAUACGACCAUAUUGGCGUUGCUAUUACAGCAAUACAGAUGCUAUCAUAUACGUAGUAGAUUCUGCAGACAAGGAUAGGAUAGGCAUAUCGAAAGAUGAACUGCUUUACAUGCUAAGGGAAGACGAGCUGGCCGGAGCUAUACUGGUCGUGCUGGCCAACAAGCAGGACAUGGAGGGAUGCAUGAGUGUGGCGGAGGUGCAUCAGGCGCUCGGGCUGGAGGCGCUUAAAAACCGAACGUUCCAAAUAUUUAAAACAUCCGCCACCAAAGGAGAGGGCCUCGAUCAGGCCAUGGACUGGCUCUCGAAUGCGUUACAGGCGCGAAAGUAGCUGCUGCCCGCAGUCAUACGCCGCAGUUCGCCCUGUCCGCUCUUCCCUCUGCAGUUCCAUUCAUCGUUCCCCAUGACGGGGUUCAUCUACUUUAGCGACGACGACGACGACUACGACGACAAAGUCCCAACCGCGAAGCCCAGCCGUUUUUCGAUCUUCUCGAGAGUGUUGCUGGUACUGCCGUAGGACCGCGGGACCUUUAAAACUUAGCAUGGAGUACUUUACUCGAUACGUUUACAAUGCGAAAAUGCGUGUCACUCAAAUUUAUCAUUAUCGCUGCUUUAGCUGUCCGAUGUGACGCCAAUGCAACAUAAUAACACGGUGUAUAACGGGAAAAUUUGGUUUCCGCUCUCAUCCGCUUUAACAUGCCAACCAUUUUGACCUUUUUUCCUCCAAUUUCCCAAAUAAUUUAAAUGGGUGGAAGUGCUGACGAAAGAAAGGACAAACAAGCAAAUACCCUAGUUUAAUUAGUUUUCCUUCGCACGCCGCCCUUAUCCCUUUGUUCGGUCACAGUUUCGUUCGUUUUCUCCUCCCGCUUAUAGGGGUUAGAUGGGAGUGCGUUGGAGCAAUGCAAGCGUCAUGAAAACCACACACAUUUGUGUUGGAUUGAAAAACAUUAAUUUUAUAUUGAAAAAAAAAAGAAUAUUAUGUACCAUUAAAAACUAUUAUACAAACGAAUUAAGUUCAACUGUAAUUAUGGUGGAUUUGUGUUAUAUGUUACUGCCUAUGUAAUUCUGGUUAAAGAUUCUUCAAUUCGACCUAGACUGAUGUUGCUCGUUAACGAGCUAUUCUCUCAGCUGUUGUUAGAAAAAAAAAAAGUAAGCUACAGAUAUCUGAUCUGUUACUGCCACCAAACGUUUACCACGUUGGCACCCCGAAGCGUGACACUCGUUUC